AUGAGAUAGGGUGUGUUGCAGUUGUACCGGCGAAUUGCAUCAACUGAACAUUUCGCUUUAAUUUCCAAGUAUCGAUUUAUUGAUUUUUUGCUUCAAUAUUUGUUUAUAUGCAUUAAAAAAUGUCGGCUUCGAAUACGAUUUUUGUUGAAAGUAAUAACGUGACGUACACAGAUGAUUACAUCGAUGCUAAAUAUGAAUAUCAAACAUCGAUUGUUAAGAAAAGUGUGAAUAAAUUUACCGUAUGUCCCAAAAGCUGUACCCUUAAUUUCCGCACAGACAGACAUGUCCCACGACUUGGAUUAAUGCUUGUAGGUUGGGGUGGUAACAAUGGAAGCACGAUCACAGCAGCUCUCGAAGCAAACAGACGUCAAUUACAAUGGCGCACAAAAACUGGAGUUCAAACAGCCAAUUGGUAUGGUUCUUUGACACAAGCAUCUACCGUUUUGCUGGGACAAGAUGAACAUGGUCAAGAUGUGCAUGUACCCAUGAAAGAUCUUUUGCCGAUGAUUAAUCCUAAUGAUAUAGUCUUGGAUGGUUGGGAUAUCAAUGAUGCUGAUAUUGGCAUGGCCAUGGUACGUGCACAAGUGCUUGAUGUUGCAAUUCAGGAUCAAGUAAUCAAACAACUUUCAUGUAUGACGCCCCGUCCUUCAAUCUAUGAUCCAUCAUUUAUAGCAGAAAAUCAAGCUGAUCGAGCAAAUAAUGUCAUUAAAGGAACGAAAUAUGAACAGUAUGAGCAAAUACGAGCUGAUAUAAGGGAUUUCAAGAGAUCAUCUGGUGUUGAUCAAGUGAUUGUGUUGUGGACAGCAAAUACAGAACGAUUUUGUGAUGUUCAAGCUGGUUUGAAUUCAACUAGUUCUGAGUUAUGGGCUUCUCUAAAAGCUGAUAAGUCCGAAAUAUCACCCUCUACCAUAUUUGCAAUGGCUAGCAUAAUGGAGAAGUGUACUUACAUAAAUGGAUCUCCACAAAACACAUUUGUACCGGGAGUUCUGGAAUUAGCAGAACUAGAAAAUGUUUUUAUUGCUGGAGAUGAUUUUAAAUCUGGACAAACAAAAUUAAAAUCAGUGUUGGUCGAUUUCUUGGUUAGUGCCGGCAUAAAACCUGUUUCAAUUGUGAGUUACAAUCAUCUUGGCAAUAAUGAUGGAAAAAAUCUCUCAGAACCAAAACAAUUUCGAUCCAAAGAAAUUUCGAAAAGUAAUGUUGUCGAUGAUAUGGUCAAUUCUAAUUCAAUUCUUUAUGGUCCCAAGGAGCACCCGGAUCAUACCGUAGUCAUCAAAUAUGUGCCGUAUGUUGGUGACAGUAAAAGGGCAAUGGAUGAAUAUACAUCACAGUUAAUGCUUGGAGGCCACAAUACAAUUAUUGUUCAUAACACCUGUGAAGAUUCUCUUUUAGCAGCUCCUAUUAUUUUAGAUCUGGUUUUAUUGGCAGAGUUAUGCCAACGUAUAAAGGUUCGUAAAGAGGGCUCUGAAGAAUUUAUUGGUUUUCGAUCAGUACUAUCUUUGCUGAGCUAUUUGUGUAAAGCCCCUCUCGUUCCUGAGGGAGCUCCUGUUGUCAAUGCUUUGUUUAGGCAAAGAGCAGCCAUUGAAAAUGUAAUGAGAGCUUGUUUGGGAUUAGGCCCUUGCCAUCACAUGCAACUUGAGCAUAGACUAGAUCUGAAUUUAUUAACAGCUAAUGGACAUAUGAAUGGUGGGGAGCCUCCAAUUAAGAAACAGAGACCACAGAAUAACUCUAUUAAAAUGUAAGGUAAAUUUAUCAGAAGUUAAAGAUAAUACAAAUCAGUAUUUUCGCUAUUAUAUUAGAAAUAACACUAUAUGUACUUAAUGUUUUAGUGUUGUACCCCACAGAAAAGCUU